AUGAUAAGAAAAUCUGCACAUAAAAGCACCAAGGACCCAGCCAGCGCUCUCAACCCACGAACCACCUCGUACGAAUUCUUUGGUCCGCCAGGAGCACUCGUCGUCUCGAUAGUCGCACCACUCCUGACGUUUGGGCUAUCCUAUGGAUGCUCAGAGAAGGCUGGAGGGUGCCCUGGUUCGUGGCUCCAACUCCCCUCGGACUUUGCCCAUGCAGUGGCAGAUCCUGAAUGGUGGAAGGCGCAGUGGGAUCCACAAGGGUUUGUCGCUUACUUUGCUUGGUAUGCAUUUGUGGUAAUAGCCUGGGCAAUCCUCCCUGGGGAAUGGGUUGAGGGUUUACCGCUUCGCACUGGGGAAAGGCUCCAGUACAAGAUAAACGCAUUAUCAACCCUUUUUCUCACCCUUGGCGCGGUCGGUGGACUCAUCUGGAUGCAGGCCCUGGCUCCUUCACAUAUAUUUAUGAUCAUUGGAUCGGUAUUCUCACCGGAGCACUAUGCGACCUAUUGCUACCUGGUCUCCUUCAGGCCUGGUGCAUUGCUUGCUCUCGGUGGGAAUACCGGGGUCCACAACUACGAUUGGUUCAUUGGACGCGAGCUUAACCCACGUAUUGGAUGGCUGGACCUCAAGUCGUUCAACGAGCUUCGACCAGGGAUGAUGUUCUGGUUGCUCAUCAACGUUAGCAUGGCAUGCAAGCAAGCCGUACGACGGGGUGGUCGUAUUACCGACUCGAUGUGGCUCGUCAUCCUGUUCGAAGGUUUCUACGUUGUUGACGCACUCUACCACGAGACGGCACUCUUUUCGACCAUGGAUAUUAUAUCGGACGGCUUUGGUUUUAUGCUUUCAUUCGGUGACCUUAUGUGGGUCCCCUUCAUCUACAGCCUUCAAGCUCGGUACCUCGCCUGGCACCCAGUCGAACUAGGACCCCUCUGGACUACAGUCAUCUUCGCGCUGCAUGGGCUGGGCUACUACAUCUUCCGCUCGUCCAACAGCGAGAAAAAUCAGUUUAGGAAUGGAAAGAAUCCUAAGAAUCGCACGUUUAUGCAGACGAAGCGAGGAACCAAGCUGCUGACCAGCGGCUGGUGGGGUAUGUCUAGGCAUCCAAAUUACUUUGGAGAUCUCAUAUUGGCACUCUCUUGGUGCCUACCUACCGGGUUCGGGACGCCUGUGACCUACUUUUACUUCAUCUGGUUUACUCUUCUCCUGGUUCACCGUCAACGCCGUGACGACGAGGCGUGCCAUCUCAAAUAUGGCGACGACUGGAACGAGUACAAGAAACUUGUUCCGUGGCGAAUUGUUCCGGGAGUAUACUAG